AUGAUUUACAGCUCACCUGAAGCACUUACAUCAAACCAAACGGUCAAGGUAAAUUUUAGUCACUGUUUAAGGUUGUUAACACUAACAUAAGAAUUAAGUGACCCUUACCCAAACUUCUUUCAAUGCAUCGUAUCGGUCGUGGUUUCUUCUUUCGAUUGUUAUCGUCGGGGCUUACUUAAAUCCUUGCCAAAUAACUAUAGGCCAAUCUCCUUGACAUGCAUCUCGAGUACAAUCAUGGAACAUGUUCUGUGCAGCCAUUUAUCUAACCAUCUCGAGAUCAAUAAUAUCCUUACUCCUCACCAACAUGGCUUUCGGAAAGGGUUCUCUACUGAAACCCAGCUUAUCUCCGUCCUUGACGAUUGGUUGUCUUCGCUGGACAAACAAACCAGGACAGAUGUACUUUUAAUUGACUUUUCAAAGGCCUUUGACUCAGUUUCCCACCAGAGACACGUAGUUAAACUUAAUUAUUAUGGCAUCACUGGUAACAGUCUUUCUUGGAUCGAGAACUUCUUACUGGACCGUACUCAGUGUGUCCAGGUUUCUGGCACAAGGUCUUCUUAGAUUAGUGUUACCUCUGGUGUCCCUCAAGGCACAGUCUUAGGUCCCCUCCUGUUUCUGAUUUACAUCAAUGAUAUUGUACAUAACCUUAACACUAAAAUUAAGUUAUUUGCUGAUGAUGCUGUUCUCUAUUCCGAAGUCUCAAAUGUUCAUGAUAUGACAAGACCUUGACACUCUAUCCUACUGGGCUGCUACUUGGCAAAUGAAUUUUAAUUUAACUAAAUGUAACAUCAUGUCAAUUACUAGGUCUCUCCUUAAGUUUCAAGCUGGUUGCAGGCUCUGUAAUAGCCCAGUAGAAUCAAUUUCUUGCCAUAAAUAUCUUGGUGUUUUUAUACAAGAUAACCUAGAAUGAGACUUUCAUGUAAAAUCUGUUAAACACAAAGCUAUGAAGAUACUGGGUCUAUUACGUAGAAAUUGUUCAGGAAGCAGCCAGUAUGUUAAGACCCAAGCAGACAACUCUCUUGUGAGACCCCAUGAAGAAUAAUUAUGCGUCAGCUGCCUGGAGCCCUUUUGAAAAACAACACAUAAAAGCGUUAGAGGCUGUCCAACGCUGCGCUAUACAUAACGAGCUGCACGGUCUUAGCAACCAAAAAAACCCCUCAGUAUCCAGCUGAGAUAGCUGAGUAAAAGUCAGCUAUCUCAGCUGGAUACCCAGUAGCUUGCAACAUUCCCUAUUCCCUUAAUCUCUGAUCGUAUUUCGCAUCUAAUAUGAUAGAGGCGUCAAUUUUCACGCAAUCAUGUCAUCAUCCUGGGGCGACAAAUAAAAUUAAUUAAAAAUGCAAAAUCAAACAAAAUGUCCGGAAAAAAUAAUUCAGUGCCUUCUAAAAAGAACAUUUUAAAGUCUGCGGUCGAUUUCAUUGCCAACGUGUUAUAUAUCCUAGAAGCGCUCAGGCAUAAUAACAUCAUGCCAGGACUUCUACCUGGGUGAACCAGAAAGGAUAUAGAGCAACAGCCUAAUUUUAUUUUACGGCUACGGGUCGAAACGCUAAACGUGUUAUAUACCGCAGAAGCGCUCAGGCAUAAUAACAUCAUGCCAGGACUUCUACCUGGGUGAACCAGAAAGGAUAUAGAACAACAGCCUAAUUUCUUUUUUCCGGCUACGGAUCGAAAUGCUAAACGUGUUAUAUAUCCUAGAAGCGCUCAGGCAUAAUAACAUCAUGCCAGGACUUCUACCUGGGUGAACCAGAAAGGAUAUAGAACAACAGCCUAAUUUCUUUUUUUCGGCUACGGAUCGAAAUGCUAAACGUGUUAUAUAUCCUAGAAGCGCUCAGGCAUAAUUAUAUCAUGCCAGGACUUCUACCUGGGUGAACCAGAAAGGAUAUAGAACAACAGCCUAAUUUUUUUUUCGGCUACGGGUCGAAACGCUAAACGUGUUAUAUAUCCCAGAAGCGCUCAGGCAUAAUAACAUCAUGCCAGGACUUCUACCUGGGUGAACCAGAAAGGAUAUAGAACAACUGCCUAAAUUUUUUUUUACGGCUACGGAUCGAUAGAACAACUGCCUAAAUUUUUUUUUACGGCUACGGAUCGAAAUGCUAAACGUGUUAUAUAUCCUAGAAGCGCUCAGGCAUAAUAACAUCAUGCCAGGACUUCUACCUGGGUGAACCAGAAAGGAUAUAGAACAACAGCCUAAUUUCUUUUUUUCGGCUACGGGUCGAAACGCUAAACUACCUGGGUGAACCAGAAAGGAUAUAGAACAACAGCCUAAUUUCUUUUUUGCGGCUACGGGUCGAAACGCUAAACGUGUUAUAUAUCCCAGAAGCGCUCAGGCAUAAUAACAUCAUGCCAGGACUUCUACCUGGCUGAACCAGAAAGGAUAUAGAACAACUGCCUAAAUUUUUUUUACGGCGACGGGUCGAAAUGCUAAACGUGUUAUAUAUCCUAGAAGCGCUCAGGCAUAAUAACAUCAUGCCAGGACUUCUACCUGGGUGAACCAGAAAGGAUAUAGAACAACUGCCUAAAUUUUUUUUUUACGGCUACGGGUCGAAAUGCUAAACGUGUUAUAUAUCCUAGAAGCGCUCAGGCGUAAUAAUAUGCCAGGACCUCAACCUGGAUGAACCGGAAAGGAUAUAGAACAACUGCCUAAAUUUUUUUUUUACGGCUACGGGUCGAAAUGCUAAACGUGUCAUAUAUCCUAGAAGCGCUCAGGAGUAAUAAUAUGCCAGGACUUCUAACUGGAUGAACCAGAUAGGAUAUAGAACAACUGCCUAAUUUUUUUUUACGGUUACGGGUUGAAAUGCUAAACGUGUUAUAUAUCCUAGAAGCGCUCAGGCAUAAUAAUAACAUGCCAGGACUUCUACCUGGCUGAACCAGAAAGGAUAUAGAACAACUGCCUAAAUUUUUUUUUUGCGGCUACGGGUUGAAAUGGUAAACGUGUUAUAUAUCCUAGAAGCGCUCAGGCAUAACUAUAUCAUGCCAGGACUUCUACCUGGAUGAACCAGAAAGGAUAUAGAACAACUGCCUAAUUUAUUUUUUUCGGCUACGGGUCGAAACGCUAAACGUGUUAUAUAUCCCAGAAGCGCUCAGGCAUAAUAACAUCAUGCCAGGACUUCUACCUGGCUGAACCAGAAAGAAUAUAGAACAACUGCCUAAAUUUUUUUUACGGCGACGGGUCGAAAUGCUAAACGUGUUAUAUAUCCUAGAAGCGCUCAGGCAUAAUAACAUCAUGCCAGGACUUCUACCUGGGUGAACCAGAAAGGAUAUAGAACAACGGCCUAAAUUUUUUUUUUACGGCUACGGGUCGAAAUGCUAAACGUGUUAUAUAUCCUAGAAGCGCUCAGGCGUAAUAAUAUGCCAGGACCUCAACCUGGAUGAACCGGAAAGGAUUUAGAACAACUGCCUAAAUUUUUUUUUUACGGCUACGGGUCGAAAUGCUAAACGUGUCAUAUAUCCUAGAAGCGCUCAGGAGUAAUAAUAUGCCAGGACUUCUACCUGGAUGAACCAGAAAGGAUAUAGAACAACUGCCUAAUUUUUUUUUACGGUUACGGGUUGAAAUGCUAAACGUGUUAUAUAUCCUAGAAGCGCUCAGGCAUAAUAAUAACAUGCCAGGACUUCUACCUGGCUGAACCAGAAAGGAUAUAGAACAACUGCCUAAAUUUUUUUUUUUGCGGCUACGGGUUGAAAUGGUAAACGUGUUAUAUAUCCUAGAAGCGCUCAGGCAUAACUAUAUCAUGCCAGGACUUCUACCUGGAUGAACCAGAAAGGAUAUAGAACAACUGCCUAAUUUAUUUUUUUCGGCUACGGGUCGAAACGCUAAACGUGUUAUAUAUCCCAGAAGCGCUCAGGCAUAAUAACAUCAUGCCAGGACUUCUACCUGGCUGAACCAGAAAGGAUAUAGAACAACUGCCUAAAUUUUUUUUUGCGGCUACGGGUUGAAAUGCUAAACGUGUUAUAUAUCCUAGAAGCGCUCAGGCAUAAUAAUAACAUGCCAGGACUUCUACCUGGCUGAACCAGAAAGGAUAUAGAACAACUGCCUAAAUUUUUUUUUUUGCGGCUACGGGUUGAAAUGCUAAACGUGUUAUAUAUCCUAGAAGCGCUUAGGCGUAACUAUAUCAUGCCAGGACUUCUACCUGGAUGAACCAGAAAGGAUAUAGAACAACUGCCUAAAUUCUUUUUUACGGCUACGGGUCGAAACGCUAAACGUGUUAUAUAUCCCAGAAGCGCUCAGGCAUAAUAACAUCAUGCCAGGACUUCUACCUGGCUGAACCAGAAAGGAUAUAGAACAACUGCCUAAAUUUUUUUUUUGCGGCUACGGGUUGAAAUGCUAAACGUGUUAUAUAUCCUAGAAGCGCUCAGGCAUAACUAUAUCAUGCCAGGACUUCUACCUGGAUGAACCAGAAAGGAUAUAGAACAACUGCCUAAAUUUUUUUUUACGGCUACGGGUCGAAAUGCUAAACGUGUUAUAUAUCCUAGAAGCGCUCAGGCAUAAUUAUAUCAUGCCAGGACUUCUACCUGGCUGAACCAGAAAGGAUAUAGAACAACUGCCUUUUUUUCUUACGCGUCGAAGUUCUAAACGUGGUAUUCAUAGAAGCGCUCAGGCUUAAUAAUAUGCCAGGUUUCCAGCGACUGAUUUUAGCUGAUUUUGCGGUGCGCAAGAAUGGAUAAUUUACCCGACUUGUCAACAGAUAUUUCCUUCAGCCGAUUGUGUCUCAUGCAGGAGAAUGUCAUGUCUGCGUUGUUUUGUUUCUACUGAAGUUUUAUCAAAGAAAGCUUAAUAGGGAGAUCGUAAUUUAUACUCUUACGAACUAUAAAUUAAGGCUGACCUGAAAGACGCGUUGAAUUGUGCCGCCAUCCUUCAAAAUAUAAUCUGGCUGCGUUUAGGGAGACAAUUUCCUCUUCCAUCCAGAUUUACUUGGUAUAUGUGUUUGCGAGAAUCUUCAGACAAAGAAUUGGAUAUACACUGAUUCGAAUGGCUUGGCGAUACUAAGUGCUUAAGUCUACUUACCGAUUACAACAUGUUUUGGAAGUAUUGAGAAGCGCGCCAAACGAGGUUGUCACAGCGUUCUCGAGCGAACACGGCGCGACCUGGAUAGAUAAAAUUACUUUUACAUGCAGCUAUCAUGCCAGUGAUUUCUCCUUUCGUCGCAUAGUGAAUAUUUUGUGAGCACAUCCUCGACUCUCGGAACAUUUGUCUUGCGCCGCUAUAGAAGUUGCUUCUCCCGCGAACCAUAGGUAGAUUUCCUGCUUAACAUAAUGUUUGAUAAUUUAUGCAAAAGUUGACCUCGUGAAAGUCAGCAGUGCAUUAAUCAACUCAAAAAUAAACAGACUUCCUACAGGGUUUUGAACACGGUUUUAAUUAAAGUACUUUACCAGCGCUGCGGUAGUUGACCGCAAAAGUGUUACGGUGAUGGAUACUCAACUGGAUGAUUACGUCACUUCAUAGCAACCAGACGGUACGAAUUUUUUAACUUCCGGAGCGCUGAGGCUCGUAGUGGAUUUGUCUGUUCAGAUUAUUCACAGUUUUCCAGCGUAACUUCUAUGCAGCAUUCGCUGGGCUGGGACACUCUUGAAGUCCGUCGACAUCUAAACGCCGCUACCAUAAUGUAUAAAACUGUGCACAACUGGACUCACUUAACAUUUCCAGCAUCUGUCACCUUAGCUCAUAGAAGCAAUCACUCUAACCAUCCUCAUAAGUUCAGACAUAUCUUUGCUCGAACCAAUGCAUAUGUUGUGGUUUAAUUUUAUCCUUGGUUUAAAUUUUCUUUUCUGUUGUUUCAAAAUCAUUAUCAUACAUUACCAUACCCAAAAACAAAAGAUAGUAAAAUUUAAAGCAAGGAUAAAAUUAAACCACAACACGAUUAAUUCCCAUCCCUUCCAAAUCGCUGUGUAUUUGACUCUUUUUGUCGCUGGUUUUCAAUAAAGUUUUUAAAACCGUAUCUCGUGUCUUGUCAAUUUAUUUGUCGCGUGUUUUAAUCGAUCCUUGUUAAGUUAUUUAUUGUUUGUGUUUUUAUAAUAAUAAGUCAAGGUGCUCCCUUGGGACUAGCUGUAGGGAUGAACUAAUUUGUAUUCAAGUUUGGGCUUGUUAACCCGCAUAAUUAACUGACUAAGGGCGUUUGAAUUGACAAGACCAUAAGCUCAUCAUUCAAGCGCUGGGACUUCAAUAGUUAGUCGUUUCCUCGAGAUGGAACGGAGAAAACGCUUUUGUAAUGGUGAGUUAAAAUUGAAAUAGAGAGUUUUCAGCUCCACUUUUUGUAUGUGUGUGUGUGUUUUGUUUAUAUACCCGAUUUUUAGCGCUAAACAAGAAGACUUGUGUUGCUAGGCGAUCACACCUCUUAUUCCUAUUUUAAUAAAUAGACUUUCCACUCAUCAGGAACAAGAAUGGAGUUUAUUUAAGAACCAAAAGAGCUAGGGUUUACUUUAGAACCACCUGUUGUUUUCUAUACAAUUCUCAUACUCCGGCAAUACUUUCUACAGAGUCAAGUAAACAAAGAUUGACAUUUUUGCUUGUUAGGCAGUUUUUCGCUUUGCUGAGCUUCGACCUCGUUUUCAUGUUUUGCCCUAAAAAUUUGUACGAUUUCGCAUUCGCUUAACCUCCUUUUCCCUUCUCUUGAAGUAAAGAUUUUUCAGUUAACCUCCGUGUCUUGGUUUUGUUUAUUACCGAUUUUUAGUGAAAAUAAUUUAAUGAUCAAAGAUUUUUCAUUUAGUAUAGUCUGCAAAGAUAACACGUUCAAAAUUUGCCCGCUUUUAUUUUGAACACAUAACAGUUUUUACAACAUCCAAUCAGAAGACUAUAGCAAACAAUAUCUAAUCAGAAAACUAUAGCAAAUAGCUAAUUAUAUAAAAAUCACUUUUCUGUUUAUAGAUUAUGAUCUCAAUAUUUUUUUGGUGACGUCAAAUCUAGGAAAUUCUGACGUCACUUGCUCCUUGCCAGCUACAAAUAAACUUUGACAUCGUCCUAUCUAAAUGACAUGCAUGACGUCACCGGCACUAAUUUAAACUGACAUCAUCCUAUCUUAAUGGGAUGCAUGACGUCAUCGGCAUUAAUUUAAACUAUGACAUCAUCCUAUCUUAAUGAGAUGCAUGACGUCAUCUGCGUUAAUGUAUUCCCCCGCAAGCUAAUGAAAUUCCCCCGCAAAGAAGAGGAGUAACCGGUGCCUCCCCUACUGCUGACUAUGUAUUCUACCAACAGUGUUUAAUUGGCCUAAAAUAACGUUUGGUGAAAUGAUUCUCAUAUUUUUCCAAAGCCGGUUCGGCUGAACUGACUGUAGGGCCUUACCCUCUCUGUCCCGUUAUUCUCUGUUGAUAAUACGUAUUCCUGAUUUCAGGGAAACUAACAGAUACUUCAAUUAUUAAUUUUUUGUGUAUAUUUUAUUCCCGGCCUUUUAAUAAAACAGCUUCUUGGCAUGUAUAUGGAACAUGCACGUCAUAACGACAAGGGGAAAGGAUUCGAAAUAACUCACCGCAGGGGAGAGGAUGGGCAUCGUCUCGUAGCGGAGUAAACUUGUU